CCCCGGAGCCCUCCUCGGCGACAACUCCUCCCAGCCUCCGACUCACGUCCUUCGUCACCCAGACCUCGCAAUCCAAGGCAAAAACAAGGAGCAGACACGACCCCGCCUUGGUCUUCGCCGCUCCACCACCAUGCACAGACUCGCCCCAGCGGCUCGAUCGUGUUGGCCUCUCUUGUCACAUUCUUCGAAGUGACUACGCCAACGUGACAACGUCGGGGAGAAGGAUGAACCAGCUCCCUGCCCCGGCCAGCCGGCUGUGGGAGGCGAGCAUCCGCAAGCUCCACACCAUCCGCCGCGGCGGCUCCGUGGUGCCCACCGCGGUGCCCGUCGACGGCGUCGCCGCCGCCAGCGACGCCACCACACCCAGCCUCCUCUCUGUCAGCUCAUCGACGUCCAACACCAUCUACCGGUACAACGACGACGACGACGACGACCGUGAAGACAGUGACAGCACCACCGAGGACAAUGACACGGACGCCGGCGACGACGACAAGGCCGCGCUCGGAGAGCCCAGCCACGCCGAGCAGCUGCUGCCCAGCGGGGACUUCUACCAGGGCGACCUGCGCGGGGACCUUCCGCACGGCGCGGGCAAGUUCCUCUGGACCGACGGCAGCAUGUACGAGGGCUCCUGGUGCCGCGGCCGGGCGUCUGGCCGCGGCAAGUUCUCGUGGACGUCGGGCGCCACCUACGAGGGCGACCUCGCCGGCGGGUACAUGCACGGCCACGGCACCUACAUUGGCGAGUUCGGGGAUACCUUCGCGGGGCUGUGGGCCAACAACCUCCGGCACGGCCGCGGCACGCAGGCGUACGCCAACGGGGACGUGUACGACGGCCACUGGCGCGACGGCCUGCAGGACGGACACGGCCGCUACAUCUGGCGCCAUGGCCACGAGUACAUUGGCACCUGGAAGGCCGGCGAAAUGCACGGGUGCGGGACGGUGAUAUGGGCGGACGGCGACCGGUACGACGGCGCGUGGGAGGACGCCAAGCCCAAGGGCCAGGGCACGUUCCGGUGGGCCGACGGAGGCAUGUACAUUGGCACGUGGUGCCAGGAGGCCGGCACGAUGCACGCCAAGGGCGUGUACUACCCGCCGUCCGGUGGCCCUGCGGUGCCCGCGCCUCGUGAGCCCCGUGAAGCGAUCACGGCGCUGCUCGAGGAGCUUGAGGUGUGCGAAGGGAAGACAGUGUCGCUAAUGCCAUCGCAGAAGAUUCUGACGUGGCCCGGUGUGGAGGCCGUGACGAAGAAGCCGGUGUGGCGGCCGCCGGUGGUUAGCCUGGCCGAGGGUGAGGAGGGCGAGGAGGCUCGGACGGACGGGUCAUGGUUGCGGACGCCGUCGUGCACGCGCGCGCUGCCGAGGCCAGUGAAGAAGCAGGGGGAGACGAUAUCGAAGGGGCACAAGAACUACGAGCUCAUGCUCAACUUGCAGCUUGGCAUCAGACAUGCCGUUGGAAGGCAGUCGGCACCAAAUUCGCUGGAUCUUAAAGCAUCAGCAUUUGAUCCAAAAGAGAAGGUGUGGACAAGAUUUCCUCCUGAAGGAUCAAAGCAUACUCCUCCUCACCAAUCAUGUGAUUUUCGGUGGAAGGACUACUGCCCUCUGGUUUUCAGGACUUUGCGCAAGCUCUUCGAUGUUGACCCUGCAGAUUACAUGAUCUCCAUCUGCGGGGAUGACGCACUCAGGGAACUUUCAUCGCCUGGUAAAAGUGGAAGUUUCUUUUACCUCACCAAUGAUGACAAGUAUAUGAUCAAAACAAUGAAGAAGUCAGAAGUUAAAGUACUUCUUAGGAUGCUUCCAGCCUAUUAUAAACAUGUCCGUGCUUUUGAAAAUACUCUAGUAACUAAAUUUUUUGGUCUGCACUGUGUUAAACUUACAGGAGCUAUUCAGAAAAAGGUUCGCUUUGUUAUAAUGGGGAAUCUUUUCUGCUCCAACUAUGCAAUCCAUCGGCGCUUCGAUUUGAAAGGAUCUUCACAUGGUCGCAUGACGGAUAAACCCAUUGAUAAAAUCAACGAGCAUACCACAUUGAAGGAUCUCGAUCUUAAUUUCAUUUUCCGGCUAGAAGAAUCUUGGUUUCAAGAAUUCUGCAGGCAAGUGGACAAAGAUUGCGAAUUACUGGAGCAGGAGAGGAUAAUGGAUUAUAGUCUCUUGGUUGGUGUUCACUUCAAGGACAGAUGCAAAGAUAUCAGCAGUGCUGACAAUGAAACACCUCAUACUAUCGCUGAAGAUUCUGAACAAACUAGAAAAGCACCAUCAAAACUAGGGAUUUGCAUGCCCUCAAGGGUGGAGAACGUAGUGAGGAAUCCUGAUAGUGAAUCUUUGCUCAUUGGUGAGCCUACAGGCGAAUUUCAGGAUGUCAUCCUGUUCUUUGGAAUCAUUGACAUCCUACAAGACUAUGAUAUUAGUAAGAAGCUCGAGCACGCUUACAAAUCCAUGCAAUAUGAUCCCAACUCCAUAUCCGCUGUUGACCCAAAGCAAUACUGCAAGCGAUUCAGAGACUUCAUUUAUAAGGCUUUCACUGAUGAUACACAGUAACUACUGAAUUGACAAAAGGGAGACUCAUUUAACUGAAGAGAUUAACAAUAUUUUGGUGGAUGUUCUUCACCCAGCCUCCAGUACUGCUUUGUA